AUGGAAUCGAAUCUUCAGCUUUGUAUUCGCAAUUUUCCGGAUUCGUUUAAAGAAAGUGAUAUUAGUGAAUUUUUGACUUACUUCGGAAUAAGCGGUGUAAAGUUUCUCAAACGUCGAAACAAAAUCAUUACGAUUGUUAGCCUACACGAUGAACUGUUGGUUCAAAACGUAUUAUCUCGGCUGCAUCAACUGAAAAUCUUGGACAAACGUUUGUGUGUAGAAUAUUACACUCCUAGCGAAGUGGAAAUAGUGGACGUGAAUCCGCCGGCUGGCCCGGUCGAUGUUCAAAAACAAUCAGCUCAAAAAAUAAGCGACUUCGUCAAAGCUCUACUUGCCGUUCAUCCCGUGGACUUUAGUCAACCACCACCGCCUUAUCUACGGUAUCGCUAUCCACGACCGACACGGGAAAUCAUUGACAGUAUUUGUGUUGCGUUGGAAUCCGUACCCAAAUUCUACACCCAAGUACUACAUCUCAUGAACCGUAUGAACCUGCCGCCACCAUUUACGGCUCAAAACAUUCAGCGGAUACAAACAGAAACGACCAAAAGAGAUGCUUCCCAACAAACAGAUUUGACACUUAUGUCAGACCCACUCCUGGCCGAUGGAGAAUCUGAAUUGGAGUCGGAUGAAGAGAAUGCACCAAAAGCACCCUCCAAACAUCGAUUGGGACUGACAAAGAACCGCUUCAAACCAUACACGCUUCCCAAAAAUGUACCCGUCAUAAAGCAUACGGUAGAUCGGAUGUUCCACCAACCUGAGAUUAAACAAACGCACAGCAUAAAAUUGCGUCUACCGGAAGAAUUGACUCGCGUUCGAAAAAUAAUUUCUCCGGAGCCGAUGGACGAACACCCAGCACACCAACCGGAACCGGAACCAGAACCAAUCGCUUCAGAAACCCCGUCCUGUAUUUCCGAGAGUGAACUACAAGCGAACCGCAUCCCAUCGGAUCAACUGAGCGAGCUGCACGUGUUCAAAAACUAUUCACCUGGUGUACCAUCCAAUAAGCUAUACAUAAAAAAUCUCGCCAAAACGGUAACGGAACAGGACCUGCAACGAAUCUUCUACCACUUUCAACUGAAAGACGCGGCCCGAGAAAUCGAUAUCAAACUCAUGCAGAGCGGCCGUAUGAAGGGUCAAGCAUUUGUAACUUUCCAAUACGCCUACGAGGAGGACCUGGAACAGCUUAAGGAAAAACCCAUCGAACGCGCCUUGCGCCUCACGAAUGGCUUCAUACUGAAGGACAAACCAAUGGUGGUCAUGUACGGCAAGACGGGCGGCAACGUUGGCGGGGAGAAGGCUGCGUGAUCGUGAGCUUAAAGCGUAGUUUUGUUAAAAUGCGCGUCGCGAAUGCAAAAUC